AUGUCCAACCCUAACCUCAGGGAGAAAGACACCACCAUGUCCAACCCUAACCUCAGGGAGAAAGACACCACCAUGUCCAACCCUAACCUCAGGGAGAAAGACACCACCAUGUCCAAGGAGCUUUUUGGACAAGACAUCUCUCCCUAGUGACUCACAUGGCCAGCUCAAUUAAAACCAAAGUUGGAGCUUUUCAUUUCCCUGAAUAUUAAUAUAGAGUGUGAAGCUGGUCUAUUCCAGUCUGAUGUUGAUGAUAAUCAUGAUGACUCAUACUGCAUACUAGCGAGGACUGGGAGGGGAGCUUGUUGAUGACAUGUUGACACUGUGUGUGUUGGUGUGUGUGUGUGUGUUGGUGUGUGUGUGUGUGUGUGUGUGUGUGUGUGUGUGUGUGUGUGUGUGUGUGCAGAGCCUGCUGUUGUUGAGUCCUACAGAGCGGUUCCUAACGGAGCAGUGUUUGGACCACCAUGCCUUCCAGACACCGCGACCUGAGCCUCCUGCACCCACACCAGUCCGCUCCUCUAAGAGGAAGCCUCAUCACACAGACAACAGCGCCCCCACCAGGUAGACAACAGUAUUACACCAGGCAUGGAGCUGGAACAGUAUAUUGUUUACUACUCUGCCAUUCUCAAUAUGUUGUGAACAUUUACUACUCUGCCAUUCUCAAUAUGUUGUGAACAUUCACUACUCUGCCAUUCUCAAUAUGUUGUGAACAUUCACUACUCUGCCAUUCUCAAUAUGUUGUGAACAUUUACUACUCUGCCAUUCUCAAUAUGUUGUGAACAUUCACUACUCUGCCAUUCUCAAUAUGUUUGUGAACAUUCCACUACUCUGCCAUUCUAAUAUGUUUGUGAACAUUACUACUCUGCCAUUCUCAUAUGUUGUGAACAUUUACUACUCUGGCCAUUCUCAAUAUGUUGUGAACAUUCACUACUCUGCCAUUCUCAAUAUGUUGUGAACAUUUAUAACUACUCUGCCAUUCUCAAUAUGUUGUGAACAUCUUCAAUGAUUUGUCAUAUAUCCAGCUGAAUAGAAAGAAACAAAUAUGGAUAUGAAAGCCCUCUCCCCCCUCUCUCCCUCUCCUCUCUCUCUCUCUCUCCUCUCUCUCUCACUCUUCUUCUCUCCUUCUCUCUCCUCUGUCUCUCUCCUGUCUCUCUCUCUUGUCUCUCUUCGUCUCUCCCUCAAUUUUCCUCCCUCCCUCUCUCCUGGUAAUCUCCUCUCUUCUCUCUCUCUCUCUCUCUCUCUCUCAUUUCCUCCCUCCCUCCCUCAUUUCCUCCCUCCCUCUCCUCCUGGUAAUCUCUCUCUCUCUCUCUCCCUCUCCUCCUGGGCAGGAGUCAUGGUGUUAAGGGUUCAGACCACCACCGCUCAGCUAGUAGAGACUGUUCCAGCCUGCCCCGUCACGAAGACCUCCAACCUAGCAAUCACCCUAGCAACGACAGCUUCCUGAACGGCAACAGCCUGAGCCCCAUCCUCCGCCCCAAGAGCUAUGCCCCGCCCCCCCAGCUCCUGAACCGCUCAGCCUCAUGCUCCAAGGACCUAGCCAACAACAACCUACCCCACCUCCUCAACCCCAAAGAGACCAAGAACAACCUACCCCACCUCCUCAACCCCAAAGAGACCAAGAACAAAGACUUUGACUUCACCUCCGGAGCCAAGGCAUCAGACGGGCCGGGAGCCAAGUACCUCAAGUCCAACAGCCGCUCUCAGCAGAACCGCCAUAGCUUCGUAGAGGGAAAGACCAGCACCCUGACAUCUGGAGACAAACACAGAGCCAGAGACCGAGACCGCCACAGCUACAUUGGGGAGCAUGGGUCCUCUAAGUCUGCAGGAGGGUUAGGGUUAACAGGAGGCUCCUAUAUAAACCUGUCUAAGAGCCAUGGGGCCCUCAGCGAUGCCAAGUCAGUAGGGAACCUUAGCGACCCACGUCUCCAUGGUGACGAGCCUCCAUCACGCUACUUCCCUACUUCCUGUCUGGACCUCAACGCUCCUGGCAGCCCGGCGACCGGUCAUCAUGGUCACAGCCCUGCAGGCCGGCGCUCGGAGAGAGAGAGCAACACGCUAGACUCCUCCUCCCGACGCACCUCCUCACGACACAAGAGCUCUGAGGAGGCCAAGUCCCCUGAGGGAGGAGACCCAGGAGGAGGAGGAGGUGGAAGCCAUGGUCACUCCCUGUCCGCCCCUCAUGAGGCCUUCCCCUACGGCCUGGGAUACACCUCCCCCUUCUCCUCCCAGCAUAGACCUCACCGCCACUCCAUGUACGUGCGACGGGAGCGUCAGAGGACCCACGGGGGAGGCAGUGAGGGGGGGCUGGCGGUGGGACAAGGGAUGCCCACCAGAGCCUCCAGCCUUCAGCUGCUCUCCCCCCAGCUGCAGCACCGCACCUUGCCCAUGCACUCUGGAGGAUCUUCAACAGAGGACAUCACCAGGGUCAGUCCAUUACCAAACACUCAAACACACUACCAGACCCCUACCUAG